UCGCCUCCCCCUGCGCCGGGCGGAGCGGGCGGCGAGCGCCGAACCGGGCGCGCUGUGGCGGAGCCGGGGCCGGGCCGGGACCAUGGGCGGCCUUUGCCCCGCAGCCUCCGGUGGGUGCCUCCCUUCACCCGCGCUGCGUCCUGCUUCUCCACCUCCAGCCCCGCACCUCGCCAGCCUCCAUCCGCGGUCCAGCCCCUCCAGCCCGCUCCUGCCCGGCUCCCGCACUCCUGCCGCCAGAUUCCUGCCGGAACUGGAGCUUGCAGAAUCCCCCUUCCCCGGCCGUGGCCAGCCGGCUGGUCUCCAGAAGGCCCGCGGGUGAACCCGAGUGUGGAGCAGGCAGUGCCCAGCCAGCCUCACAGACGUGACGUGACUGCGGACGGAGCUUGGCAACAACUCCUCCUCGGAGGUGUUGGUGCCCCGUCUGGACAUCUGUGCGAAGAGGAUCUAAAGCAGGAGGAGGGAGGAAGCAGCAGAGUGAACUGACAGAAGAUGAGUAGGAUGUGUUCCUGAUUCGAGGUGAAACCAUGACGAGAAGAUAAAACAAAUAAUAAUGCUUUUCCGCAAUCGCUUCGUGCUGCUGCUGGCCCUGGCUGCGCUGCUGGCCUUCGUGAGCCUCAGCCUCCAGUUCUGAACGUUCCGUGACUCCCUAACUGGGUCUGGGCUUCUUGGCUGUACAUCCGGGGUGCCCUGAACCUGCUCCCCUCCUUACACUAGCCGUGCAGUAUCAUACUUUUCAGUUCCUGUGUCUUUUCCAUCUACAAGACUGUCUGCUCUUUGAGAGCAGGACCCACAUCUGUUUCCCUCUUUAUCACGGGAACCAGCACUGCCGACCACACAGGAGGUGUCUCAGGAAUGUUUAAGAGAAUGAAUGAGUCUACACCUGCUCUGGAAAGCAGGCUGACCCUAAUUCCCUAUCCUUCUGGUGCUGUGUACUUGAAGCCGAGAAAAUAUCUGAGCAAUGCCGGCAAUUGUGUUUUUGCUGCCACCUACCUGCCCUCCACUUUCCACCUCACCCCGAUGGGUGGGAGACAAGGGCUUGGCCCCCAUCACCGCCUGGGACAUCUCUGUGAGGAGGUGGCGUUGCUGUCACUGUCUGCCUGACGGAAGGAAGGGCAGGCGGCUGCGAGAGCAGGGUGCUCUGAGUGUGCUGGGGGACGUGGGAAAGACUUGGCGUUUGGAAUAAGUGGUUUGAAGGGAAGCGGCUUUGAACAAGUUUCUCCGCUUCACCUCCAGUUUGUGACAUAUUCCAUGCACACAUCUAGUGCAUAUGACAGGCACUUCAAACAGUAAAGAGAAUUAAAAAUACUCACUUUGUCCUUCCAGAAUAAGGAAAGAGGUCAAGAGAAGAUACUUGUUUAAAGUUUAAAGAUACUCCAGAUGGUUAAUAAACUGUUUUUUAAAAAAAAAAAGAAUCUUUUCCAGAAAGUGUGUUAGGACUGUCAUUUAUUUACUUGUUUAUAACUUUUCAUUAAAAACUUUCCAUCCUGUCACUGGAGAGGCAGGAUGUUACAAUCAACCUUGAUUGUUAUUCUGAGACCCUGACAGGUUCUGAGACGUGAAUGUGGGUUACUUGUGCUUGCUGCGUUUCUCUUGCAUGGGGUGGUUUCCGCAUCCCUGAAUUGGCCUGUGUGUUUCGCUUAUAUAACUCUUCUGAAAGUACCUUCUGUUUUAGGAGAGCCACUUUUCAGCCGUACUGUUUUUCGGGAAAAUUUUGCAGGGUAAAUUGGCCUGCCUGGGUCUGAGGUCUUUAUUCUUGAAUACGUUGGAGUUCGGGAAGACAUUAAGAUAUGAACAUUCUGACUGCUCUUCUGCUUCUAGUCCACCUGAUCCCAGUGUCGGCAGCUAAGAAUGGAGUGACUAGCAAGAAUCGAAAGAGGAUCAUGCCUGACCCGGUGACGGAGCCCCCCGUGAUGGACCCCGUUUACGAAGCCCUUUUGUACUGCAACAUUCCACGUGUGGCCGAGCGCAGCAUGGAAGGUCACGCUCCGCAUCAUUUUAAGCUGGUCUCAGUGCAUGUGUUCAUCCGACACGGGGACAGGUACCCACUGUAUGUCAUUCCCAAAACGAAGCGCCCAGAAAUUGACUGCACUCUGGUGGCUAACAGGAAACCGUAUCACCCUAAACUGGAGGCUUUCGUGAGCCACAUGUCCAGAGGAUCCGGAGCCUCUUUCGAAAGCCCCUUGCACUCCCUGCCUCUGUACCCCAGUCACCAGCUGUGUGAGAUGGGAGAGCUCACGCAGACAGGGGUUGUGCAGCAUCUGCAGAAUGGCCAGCUGCUGAGGGACAUCUAUCUGAAGAAACACAGACUCCUGCCCCAUGACUGGUCCACAAAGCAGCUUCACUUGGAGACCACUGGCAAAAGCCGGACGCUGCAGAGUGGGCUGGCUCUGCUUUAUGGCUUUCUCCCAGAUUUUGACUGGAAGAAGAUUUAUUUCCGGCACCAGCCCAGCGCUCUGUUCUGCUCUGGGAACUGCUAUUGCCCGCUGAGGAACCAGUACCUGGAAAAGGAGCAGCGUCGGCAGUACCUGUUGCGUCUGAAAAACAGGCAGCUGGAGAGGACCUACGAGGAGAUGGCCAGGAUCGUGGACGCGCCCACCAAGCAGCUCCGGGCCGCCAACCCCAUAGACGCCAUGCUCUGCCUCUUCUGCCACAACGUCAGCUUCCCCUGCACCAGGAACGGCUGUGUUAACAUGGAGCACUUCAAGGUGAUCAAGAGGCAUCAGAUAGAGGACGAGAGAGAGAGGCAGGAGAAGAAACUGUAUCUGGGCUACGCGCUCCUGGGCGCCCACCCCAUCCUGAACCAGACCGUGGGCCGCAUGCGGCGCGCGGCGGAGGGCCGGAAGGAGGAGCUCUUUGCUCUCUCCUCUGCUCACGACGUCACUCUGGCCCCGAUUCUCAGUGCCUUGGGCCUUACCGAAGCCAGGUUCCCGAGGUUCGCGGCCAGGUUGAUCUUUGAGCUCUGGCAAGACAGGGAGAAGCCCGGCGAGCACUCCGUCCGGAUUCUCUACGACGGUGUCGACGUCACGUUCCACACCUCGUUCUGCCAGGAUCACCACAGGCGGUCUCCCAAGCCCAUGUGCCCCCUCGAAAACUUCGUCCGCUUUGUCAAAAGGGACAUGUUCGUGGCCCUGGGUAGUGGUAGCACUAAUUAUUAUGAUGCGUGUCACAGGGAAGGAUCCUAAAAGGUACAUGGUGUGGCGCUAACAGAAUCUAUGCCAAUACAGAGGGAUGGCAAAGGUCCACUUCUAGUUCUUUCGGUUGCUAAGGGUACAAGGUGAUUUCUAAAGGCCGGAAAUCAUGCUUGGGGGCCACAUAGAUUUAGGGUUGAACAGUGAGUAUGUUGCUGUAAUUGGGUACGUGAGUUACUUGGUACACAAUGGCCAGUUCACAGAGAAAGGAAGGUACUUUAUCAUAGCCAGACUUUGCUUAGGAUGCUAGAAUAACACUUCAGUACCCAAAGCUGCCAAUCCACAUGUGUGUUCUUUUGAUCUGCCUUGGUACUGUAUGAUGGAACCAGCAAACCUCAGCCAGAAGUUUCUUAAUCUGGGACAAUCUUACCUUGUCCUUGUUCAGUGAACAAUUUCCUGAAGUGAUUUAUCUAAAAUAGGGGUAGGCAGACUUUUUCUGUAAAGGGCCAAAUAGUAAAUAUUGUAGACAUUGUGGACCAAAAGGCCACAUAUAGCGUCUGUCACAGCUACUCGAUUCUGCUCUUGUAACUUGAAAGCAGCGACAGACAGCGCGUGAAUGAAUAAGCAUGGCUGUGUUCAUAGGCCGCACAGAACAGGCGGUGGGCCAGGUGUGGCCCGAGGGCUGUAGUUUGCUGACCCCUGUUCUAAAAGCCAGGCUCUACUACAAUUGCACUUCCAGCACUUUGCGAGAGAACCAGUUGAAUACCCAGAAUUAUUCAGUGGUGCCUCCAGUAACUUCUGCUAGAAACACAGAAUCUGUAUCUGUAUCCGACAUUAUAACAAAACUUGAGGGGAAAUAAACAUUGAAUCAAAAUGAAUCAUAGGGGCUUCCCUGGUGGUGCAGUGGUUGAGAAUCCACCUGCCAAUGCGGAGGACACGGGUUCGAGCCCUGGUCUGGGAAGAUCCCACAUGCCACGGAGCAACUGGGCCCGUGAGCCACAACUACUGAGCCUGCGCAUCUGGAGCCUGUGCUCUGCAACAGGAGAGGCCGUGAUGGUGAGAGGCCCGCGCGCCAUGAUGAAGAGUGGCCCCCGCUCGCCGCAGCUAGAGAAAGCCCUCGCACAGAAACGAAGACCCAACACAGCCAAAAAUAAAUAAAUUAACUAAUUAAAAAAAAAAAAAUGAAUCAUAGAAAAAUUAUUAGAAUAAUACUUGAUGUUCAUGAUGAUUAUGGUAUAAGAUAGUUUUGAGUAUGUCUUAAAUAUUUGUCUGCUGUAGUCUAUUUGCUGUACAUGCUGAAAUUUUUGUAUUCCAUUUAGUAUUUUUAUAGUCUAGGAAAAUAUUUUCUAAGACCAGUUUUAGAUGUGCUCUGAUUCCUAUGAAAUAUUCAAUUUACUGUAUCUGCCUGGGGGUUAGAAGGGAGCCAGAAGCUGAAUUCAGGCACUUUCUUCCAAUAAAACCAAUUAUGGCUCAUUGCCUUCGACAAGCAGUAGAAUUGGAUCGAUUUUUAAACCAUUUUCGUGUUUCAAAUGGUAAAUUCGAAUUGAUUUUUAAAUAAGUUUUUGGAAGAACUUUGUUACUAGAUAGUUAAAUAAUCUUUAUAAGGUAUUUUAUAUAUUAGAAGCAAUUAUAAUUAAAUCUGUGAUUUCUGACUAAAAUGGUGCUAGUCCUGUGCGAAGAAAUAUAAAGUGAGAUUCCCCGAUGUCGCUGGUAUUCCAGCCUUUUCUCUUUGUUUUUUGUCCCGUGUUGCAUUUGAGUACAUCCGUUUCUAUUAAUAAAUUUUUGAAGAUUACUCGUACACACAACUCAUGGUUUGUACCUGUAAGUCACUCUAUUUCCUUUCAAGUGAGUUCAUUUUUUUUUUUUUAAUUUUUAAUUUUAUUUAUUUAUUUAUUUAUGGCUGUGUUGGGUCUUCGUUUCUGUGCGAGGGCUUUCUCUAAUUGCGGCAAGUGGGGGCCACUCUUCAUCGCGGUGCACGGGCCUCUCACUAUCGCGGCCUCUCUUGUUGCGGAGCACAGGCUCCAGACGCGCAGGCUCAGUAAUUGUGGCUCAUGGGCCUAUUUGCUCCGCGGCAUGUGGGAUCUUCCCAGACCAGGGCUCAAACCCAUGUCCCCUGCAUUGGCAGGCAGAUUCUCAACCACUGCGCCACCAGGGAAGCCCCAUAUGUUUUUUUAAUUUAUCCUUUUUUUAAUAAAUAAAAACAUUUUAAAUUAGAAAGCUCUACAGCAGGGGUCCCCAACCCCCAGGCCACAGACCGCAGCCUGUUAGGACCCGGGCCGCACAGCAGGAGGUGAGCGGCAGGCAGGGGAGCGAAGCUUCAUCUGUAUUUACAGCUGCUCCCCAUCGCUCGCAUUACCGCCUGAACCAUUCCCCGUCCCCCAACCCUGUCCGUGGAAAAACUGUCUUCCACGAAACCAGUCCCUGGUGCUAAAAAGCUUGGGGACCGCUGCACUACAGUACACGUGGGUAAGGGAGGGCCAGGCCCCAGCCUAGUGUGGCCAGCCGCAGGCCAAGCUGGGCCCUCAGGGGUGACGGGAAGGGACAGCAGUCCUGCACUGGGCCACAGAGGGGCUGCAGCUUCCUUCUCUGACAGCAGCAUCAGGGCUCGGUGGCUGAGAGGAUGUGUCACAGCUGGUGGCCUUGGACUGGGUGAAAAUGUGUCCCCAGAGCUUCUUUUUUUUUUUUAAAGGCAAAGAGACAUUUUUAUUUAUUUAUUUUUGGCUGUGUUGGGUCUUCGUUUCUGUGCGAGGGCUUUCUCCAGCUGUGGAAAGCAGGGGCCACUCUUCAUCGCGGUGCGCGGGCCUCUCACCAUCGCGGCCUCUCUUGUUGCGGAGCACAGGCUCCAGACGCGCAGGCUCAGUAAUUGUGGCUCACGGGCCCAGUUGCUCCGCGGCAUGUGGGAUCUUCCCAGACCAGGGCUUGAACCCGUGUCCCCUGCAUUAGCAGGCAGAUUCUCAACCACUGCGCCACCAGGGAAGCCCCCAGAGCUUCUUUUAUUGCUGAAAAUCGUGUGUUAUCAUCUCUCGAGUAUUUAAAGCCUAAGCAGGUUUUUUUGUUGUUGUUCCCACUCACAAUCUAUCUGAAUCAGCACUGCUAAACACAGCUUGAAGAUUUAAAAAUAAAGGUGAAUCAGAAGAUGUUUUAAAAAUCAAUUCGCAACA